AUGGGAAUGGUCGGUUUCACGGUAGCACUGAUGGUGAUAGGGGUGAUAAUCUCUCCUUGUGUCCAUGGAAAUGAGUUCUCCGAUCACAAGGAAAUCGAGGUAGAAAGACUUUUGAAGAGGCUCAACAAGCAUGCUCUUAUAUCCAUUAAGAGCGAAGAUGGAGAUAUAAUAGAUUGUGUUCCAAUACAUAGUCAACUAGCUUUUGAUCAUCCUUUGCUUAAAAACCACAACAUCCAGAUGAGACCGAACAUUAUACGGGAAAGUACGUCUACGUACACCAAGAAUUAUAUAAAUGUUACUCAGGCGUGGCACAAGAAGGGAAUAUGCCCAGAAAACACAGUCUCGAUAAGAAGAAUAAAGAAAGAAGAUAUCUUACGAUCAAAUUUCAUUGAGAAUUUUGGGAAAAAGAUGACUCCAGGCAUCCUUUUAUAUGGUUCAAGUAGUGUUCAUGAGUACGCGGUCAUGAAUUGCAAGAAAGGAAAGUAUUUUGGGACAAAGUUUGCAGUGAAUAUCUGGAAACCAAAAGUUCAAGUUCCCAACGAGUUCAGCUUGGCUCAGACUUGGCUCUCGUCUGGAGUUGGCACUAAUCUUAACACGAUUGAAGCUGGUUUUCAGGUUCUUCCAUCAUUAUAUGGUGAUAAUAAUCUAAGAUUAUUUGUUUACUGGACGGCCGACAACUAUCAAAAGACAGGGUGCUACAACACAAACUGCCCAGGUUUCGUUCAGACGAGCAAUCGCAUCACUGUAGGUGGAACCUUCAAAAGCGUCUCAAAAUACGACGGUAUUCAAAUCGCGGUCCUCGUAAUGAUAUGGAAGGACGGCGAUUACUGGUGGCUACAGAUUAACAAAGAGCUUGUCGGCUACUGGCCUGCUAAGUUAUUCAGUUCUCUAGGUAAGGGAGCUACGGAAGUUCUAUGGGGAGGUGAAAUCGUUAACGAGAAGACCGGUGGGAAACACACGAGCACGGACAUGGGAAGUGGACAUUUUGCAGAUGAAGGUCAUAGAAAAGCGAGCUAUUUCAGGAAUAUUAUGACGGUUGAUAAAACCAAUACUCUGAGAGAACCACAAGGAGUUUACCCCACGGUUACGAAUGAUAACUGUUACAACAUUAAGGAAGGACGUAAUGGAACUUCCUGGGGGUUUAAUUUCUUCUAUGGUGGUCCUGGCCUGAACGCCAAAUGCCCUUGAUUUUUUUUUUUUUUUUUGGGUAAAAUAGAUGCCCUUGAGUAUUUUGCAUAUUUAUUUGUAUUUGAA